GGAACUCUUUUGAGGAAGUGCUAAAAUGGCGGCGGGAGGGGAAGUUUUGGGAAUAAGUAGCAGACGACAUUCAGUAGUGACUGAUCAUUAUAAAUGAAACAAUACUUCAAGACUGCUUAUGCAUCAUAUUCCUUGGAUGAAAUUUAAAGAUUUAUAUUCUGUAAAGUGGAUAGAAUCCCUACCAGUCUGCUUACAUGUGUAGAUCAUUGCGUUACUGUGUUAGCCAUUGUCUGUAUGCAGCAAUGACAAAACUGGAAGAAGCAAAUCGAGAAGUGAACAUGCAUUCCUCUGUCCGCUACCUUGGCUAUUUAGCCAGAAUGAAUUUGUUGGCAGCAAUAUGUAUGGGUCUUUAUGUCAGGUGGGAGAAAACUGCAGAUGCACUAAUACUCAUAAUUUUUAUCCUUGGAUUAUUUGUUCUUGGAAUUGCAAGUAUACUUUAUUACUAUUUUUCAAUGGAAGCAGCAAGUUUAAGUCUCUCUAAUCUUUGGUUUGGAUUUUUACUUGGCCUUCUUUGUUUCCUGGAUAAUAAUUCUUUUAAAAAUGAUGUAAAGGAAGAAGCAACAAAAUAUUUACUUAUUUCCUCCAUAAUUAUAAGAAUAUUGUAUGCUUUGGUGCAGAGAAUAUGUGGCUGUGUUCAUCAUCGGCCCAUUUUACUAACAACGGUUGAAGUACUUGAGCUGGUUGGGUUUGCAAUUGCCAGUACAACUAUGCUGGUGGAGAAAUCCAUGAGUAUUAUUCUAUUAAUUGUGGCUUUAGCAAUGCUGAUUAUUGAUUUGAGGAUGAAAUCAUUUUUGGCAAUUCCAAAUUUAGUAAUUUUUGGAGUCCUUGCCUCUUUGUUAUUUUUUCCAUCCUUGCAUAUACCAACAAAUCCAUUUCCCUUGGGAUGUUUUUUUAGUUGCCUAAUAGCUGAUCCCCUUCUUGAUGUUUACUUCAGUGGACUUUCAGUUACGGAACGUUGGAAGCCUUAUUUAUAUCGUGGUCGAGUUUGCCGGAGAUUUUCAGUCAUUUUUGUUGGAUUUAUUGAACUGAUUUAUUUCAUCCUUUCAGCACUUAAACUAGGUGAUUUGGAUCUCUGGUACUUUGUAAUACCAGGCUUUUCCAUUUUUGGCAUUUUCUGGAUCAUCUGUCACAUCAUUUUUCUUAUAACUCUCUGGGGAUUUCAUACAAAACUUAAUGACUGUCAAAAAAUGUAUUACACACACAGACCAGACAACAAUAGCCUCGACAGAGUAAUGGCAUCUAAAGGAAUGCGGCAUUUUUGUUUAAUUUCAGAGCAACUUGUCUUUUUCAGCCUUCUUGCAACAGCGGUUUUGGGUACAGUAUGUUGGCAGAAAUCCAAUGGAAUCUUCAUGAGUGUUUUCUUGAUUGUCUUGCCUCUUGAAUCUAUGGCUCAUGGGUUAUUUCAUGAACUAGGAAAUUGUUUGGGAGGCACAUGUGUUGGCUAUGCAGUUGUGAUCCCUACCAGUUUUUGCAGUCCUGAUGGGCAACCAACAUUGCUUCCACCUGAGCAUGUUCAAGAGCUAAAUUUGAGGUCAACAGGCAUGCUUAAUGCUAUCCAAAGGUUUUUUGCAUAUCAUAUGAUUGAGACUUAUGGCUGUGAUUACUCCACAAGUGGACUUUCAUUUGACACGUUACAUUCUAAACUAAAGUCAUUUCUUGAACUUCGGACAUCAGAUGGACCUAGGCACGAUACUUAUAUAUUAUACUACAGUGGUCAUUCUCACAGCUCUGGGGAGUGGGCACUAGCAGGUGGAGAUUUAUUACAGCUUGACACGCUUUUAGACUGGUGGAGAGAGAAGAAUGGCUCCUUCUGUUCACGGCUUAUUAUAGUCUUAGACUGUGAGAAUGCUCAGCCUUGGGUUAAAGAAGUCAAAAGAAUCAGUGACAUGUAUAUCGGAGUGCAAGGAGCAGAACUGGCUAAAGUAGUAGACAUAGAAGAAUCAGACCCUCCCCACAUUGGUGAUUUCACCCAAGAUUGGGUGGAAUACAAUUGUAAUUCCAAUCAUAAUAUCAACUGGUUUGAAAAGGGGCGUACUGUGAAAGCUGUGUAUGGAGUGUCAAAAGGGUGGACUGACUACACUUUACAUUUGCCGACUGAAAGUGAUAUUGCCAAACACUGGAUGAUAUAUUUCCCCCGUAUCACAUACCCAUUGGUUCAUCUUGCAAACUGGUUCUGUGGGCUUAAUCUCUUCUGGAUUUGCAAAGCUUGUUUUAGGUGCUUAAAACGAUUAAAAAUGAAUUGGUUUCUUCCUACGGUAUUGGAUACAGGACAAGGCUUUAAACUCGUUAGAUCUUAACUAAGAAUCAAAAGUGAGAGCUCCUACAACUUGAAACAUGAUUGGCUUAUAACUUUUUUUAUUUGUUACAUUUUACUUUCUGAAGAAACGUUACUUACGUGGCUAUAUUCCUUUUUGUAUUUUCUUGAGCAAAUUUCAAGAUUUCACAAAAACAAGAAGAACUCCAUUUCAAAACAAAAACAGCAUAGAUGUUAAGUGAAAUUUGUAACCAAAUUGGAUUUGAAUUUCAUGAGAGCCAUUAAAUGUGACCGUGGACUUGAGAGAUAGCUUUGUGUGCUUCUUUGCAUUGUAGCUGUCUGAUAAAAAUUUGUCAAAUUUCACACUUACUAAACACUCUGCUCUAAAUACUCCAUAGGACAGAUGUAUCCAUUUCAGUCCUAGGUCAUUGGAAGAAAGACUACUGAAUCAUGGUCAUCUUUUGUUUUGAAAGGUUUCAAAAAGUAAAGCAGCAAAAACCUAAAAUAAAUCAAGUUAUGCCAGAUAGAAAGCUGUAAAGCUAUUGGCACUUUUAAUUCAUGUUGAAAUGAACUAAAGUGAAUGUUACAUUUUUCCAUGAAACAUAGGAGUCUUACAUCCUAAUCCUAGACAAACGCACAGGGCAAUAAGUAUUACUGAUGUCAGUGGACCUUAUUGCCAGUAUUCCUAGGUUUGGAAGCAUGAUGGUUUGUCUUGGAAAUAAUGCCAAAAUUAAUUUUUGAAUAUUUCAAGCCUUAAUUAACACAACAUCAUAAAAUAAGUUCAUCAAAGCUAAACUCAACAAGGUUAAACGGAUACUUUUCUCUGAUUUUUAGUGGAGAAAGCAAAGCAAUUUUUAUUAUAUUGUUUUCUUCACACUGAAACACAUUGAUUUUAGUUUUAAAAAAUACAUCCUUAAACUGCAGAAUCUGUUUCUUUGUGGAGCUAGAAAAUAAUUGAGUAGUAACUAAAAUGCAUAUACGAGAAAACAUAUUUUCAGUUCAUUUUUUUGCUGAUCAAUUAUUAGUUGUAACUAUCCACUGAAUACUAAUUAUUUAUGCAACCAUUUUAGAACUAUAAAAUUAAGAUAAAGUAUCCUUACAAAUCCAUUUAAUGUUUCUAAUUGUGGGAGUUAAAUGGCUUGUUUUCCCCUCUCUUUUACCUUAUAAAAUGUACAGCACAAUGAAAGCAUAUAGAGUAACAUAAAGCUGGCAAUAUCUGAAGAUAAUACAACAUAAUCUGCAUUCUUUAUUUUUUAAUGGAAAUCUGUUUUGUAAUUAUUGAUUACAGUAUUUUACCUCAUACUUUGGUCAAGCACUAUAAAAUAGAUUCAAAAUUCAUUAAGUGCCAUUCCUAUGUUUAUUCAAAUUACUAUCAGUUACUACAGAAUUUUAAUUUAAAAUAUGCAUUAAUAGUAAUGAUACAGCUGAAACUUACUAAUUGUACUUUUCUGACUUAAGCCACUUUUCUGUUUAACAGUUCAUAUAUAACAGAUUAGGAACAGGGGAAAAUUCUUUCUCUCACAUUGCUUAUUCUAUUCAACAUCAAUGGUCCGCAAAGACCAAUGUCCCUAAAGAAAUCACUUACUAAAAGACAACACUCAGAGUUAUAAGUAAGAUCAGCAUCAUGUUUUUCAGCCGAUAAUAGCAAAUGAAGGAUUCUGUGAUGAUUGAAUCAAGAUGGAGUCUAACUAAAAAUCAGGACAUUUUUCUAAAACUCUGCAUCCUUUGCCAAGAGAUGCCAGAAUGCAAAUAUUAAAUAAGUCAAGAUUUAUAAAUAAUAUGAGAGAGGUAAUUAGAUGAGAUCAGAGUACUUUUGUCCUAAAGUACAGUUUCAGCCAAAAAAAAUUAUCAGUUUUAAUUUCAAAUUAUCAGUACUUGUUAAACACUAGGUGAAGCAGGGAGAAAAAAAUUCCUUGAAAAUAGUUUCUGAAACUAGAUAUUAUUUAAAAUAUUGUUUUAGAACUCAUUACAUUUCAUUUGUUCUCCUUUUUAUACACAUUUCCUAUAACAUGCAAGUACAUCCAAGUAAUUUGGGUCUAAGUGGAAAGUAUAUUAAUUAUAUCUACAGCAGAACUAAGCCAUUUUGUUGAUUGUAUAGCUUCAUUCUUUUCUCAGCAUUAUUUUAUGUGAAUUUGAGGUUUUGGUAUGCUAAAAGUGAUUUAAGAAUUUAAGCCUGAAUUUACUGUCUAGCAAUGAGUAAUA